AUGGGUAGUCUCAAUCCUGAACCCUCUUCUGCACCAGUUUACACAUAUGAACCUUCUUCCCCGUUAUUUCUACUCUCUUCUAAUGUACCUGGAGUUUCUCUUGUUGCGGUACCAUUCUCGGGUAAUGAGUUUGGAGGUUGGAAGCGUAGUAUGAUUGUUUCAUUGUCUACUAGAAAUAAGAUCGAUUUUAUUGAUGGGACCUGUGUUAAACCUCCUGAGAAUUCUCCUCAGUUUAGAUAUGGGACAGUAAAUGGAACUAAGGUCUUUGAAGUAAAAAGAGAACUAACAUCCACAUACCAGGGAUCUCUUGACAUUCCUUCUUAUUUCAACAAACUAAAGAAAAUAUGCGAUGAAUUGGGGGUUAUACACAGUAGUCAUGCCAAUUCUUGUAAUUGUGCUACUAAAGAAGGCUUACAAAAGGAAAGAGAAGAGGACAAAGUAAAUCAGUUUCUUAUGGGGUUAAAUGAGAUGAAAAACAGAGGCAAGUCAGAAAAUCCUCAGUUCCAUCCUGAAUCUGCUUCCUUCAAUGCUAAUUCCAACAGUAUCAAAUUCACUCAACCUCAACCACGACAAAGACAAUAUAAUCAGAGGAUAUCGUUUGAUCAAUCUAAGUCUGGCCUCUUCUGUAAGAAUUGCAAGAAAUUAGGGCACUUGAUUGACAAGUGCUACAAACUCAAUGGAUUUCCUCAAAGCUUUAAAUUCACCAAGAGCAGAAAGACAGCUGCAAAUGUGGUAGAAUCUGACUUCUCUUCUCCACAGAAUGUUUUUACCAACUCUGUGUCAAAUCCCACUCAAAAUCAGGUUGAUCAAGGAUCUGUGGUACAUGGGUUGAGCCAGCAGCAGUAUGCUCAAUUGAUAUCCUUGCUUCAACAAACUCAUACUACUUAUUCUGGACCUCCACUCAACACUUUAAGUUCUGCCAGCUUUGCUGGUACUUUACUGCCUAAGAAUGUUGUGUAUAGCUUUAGUUCUUCUUUGCUGAGUAAAUCAGACUCCUCAACUUGGAUAGUAGACUCAGGUGCAUCUGACCAUAUGACAUCUAAUAAAGAAUAUCUCAUUAACAUCACACCCUUACCUAUUCAUUUUCUUGUUUCUCUUCCAAAUGGAUACAAGGUUAAAGUUACCUGUACGGGAUCUUUUGCUUUAACUAAGUCCAUUAUCCUUCACAAUGUCCUUUAUCUACCUUCAUUUAAGCAUAAUGUCAUUUCUGUGCACAAAAUUACUGAACCAUUUGACUGCAUGGUUCAGUUUACCAGAAUCUCAUGUAUUAUACAGGGCCCUUCUCUGAAGAAGCCUCUGGAUCUUGGUAAACUGGACAAUGACUUGUACAAGUUUGUUUGGGAACAAUCAUCUCAACUUCAGCAACCUUUGACAAAUGUUUCAAAUAGCAGCAACUUUUCAUCUUUGUGUAACUCUAGUUCUUUCUCUUCUUCUUCUGUACAUAAAGAUUCUGCCAUUUGUAAUAAAGUUGCUAUGAAUAAAAUGGAUGUUGUUUGGCAUAAUAGACUUGCUCAUGUUCCUUUUGUUAGAAUGAAGAGUAUAUCUGAAAUCUCCUCUACUAUUUCUUCUAACCAGUCCUUCCCUUGUACAAUUUGUCCUAUGGCUAGGCAAACUAGGUUGCCAUUCCCAGAAAGUUCCAUUCACACUUCCAAACCCUUCCAACUCAUUCAUGUUGAUACUUGGGGACCAUAUCAUACUCCUAACUAUUCCGGUUCUAGGUACUUCCUCACUAUUGUUGAUGAUUUCUUCAGAAGUACUUGGACACAUCUAAUGGGGUCUAAGAGCAAUGCAUUUUCUUUGCUUAAUGCUUUUGUUGCUAUGGGAUACAAGUUGUAUAAUUUGCACACUAAACAAUGUUUCAUUUCUAGAGAUGUGGUGUUUCAUGAACACCAUUUUCCUUUUUCUUCUAAUUUUUCUUUUCCUGUUUCUUCUGAAUGCUUUUUACCAAAUGCAUCACAACCUUCACCUUCUGUUACUAACAUUGAUUCUUCUCCUGAAACUCCUGAUGUUACACCACAACCACAAUCUCCUCCUAUUAGCCCAAAUUUCACCCUUGUUACUAGUCCUGUUCAUUCUGUUCACUCUCCUGAUCCCAUUUUACAUGAUCAUGUUCCUGAAGUUCCCCCUUCUCCUACUUCCAUCAAUCCUGAUAUCAUCCCUACCACUAUACCUAUCUCUUCUCCUGCUGUAACUUCUUCCUCUUCCCCACCUUUAAGGAAAUUCAGUAGAGUUCCUUCUCAUCCCUCGUAUCUGAAGGAUUAUGUUUAUAACCUUCCCUCAUCUCUUUCUUGUUCUGUUACUCAGCAUAAAGAAUUUGAACCUUAUACAUAUUCCCAGGCAGCUCCAAUACCAGCCUGGCAAGAUGCCAUGAGGAAAUAA